UUACCUAAACUAAGACCUUUUUCCUACAGUCUUUGUGGUUGUUUACAUUUCAAUAAUGCUUUCUUCGGAUAACAGAUAAGUGUCUGGCGGACCUUGGUCUAAAAGAAGUCAGUUCUCCCUGGAGCAGCAGUAGUGUGGCACCUUUGUCGAAAAUCAGCCACUGUAAACUGUCAGGCAUUAGUAGGUCGUUUGACUGUACUCUCUGGUCUCAAGUGUGUUGUACUCGGUGAAGUGAACUCGCAUUGUUGUGUUUGUAGGGGUCGCGUCAUAGCUCCUGGCCCCGCCUCUUAACUAUCGAUUGUGUUUGCUGGUUUCCAGCCUCCAGAGCCGCAUCGUACCUACACUUGUAAUUGUGUAUGGUGAUUGCCGGUGCGAGUGCUUGUGUGGGAGACGCCAAAGAUGAAGGUUACGAGAUAUUUGGCUCUGGUGGUGGCCACAGUGAUAACUUGUGUCUCUGGUGCUAUUGAUAUAGAAGCAUGGAAGGGCAAGGAACCUCUCACUCCUGAGAGAAUCGUCAGGGAAGUUGUGGAAUACUUCUCCCAGAGGGAUCCUCAUGGUAUCCCAGUGCUGAAGAUACCGGAACCCAUCGAGAUGCCGGACCGCAUCACAGCAUCACAGAUCACGCUCUGGGACCUGAAGAUCUCUGGUCACUCUGAUCUUCGCCUGGAGUACGUCAACGUUAACCUUACCACCUUCUCGGGAACAGUGAGGCUGAGCUUGCCGGUGUUCAACGUGCAGGGGGAAUACUCCUGGCCAGGGUGGUUCUCCACUAGCGAAGGAGGAGCAAACAUUACUAUGGAUGGUAUCGAAAUCCUUAUCGAGAUGAACCUUGGUGUCGACGACAACGGCAUCAUAGCGGUGGAGAAUCUGAAGAUCACUAUGCACUACGAUAACCUGGUGCUGGGCUUCGAGAACCUCUCCACUCAGCACUCGAUCCUCGUGGGCACUGCUGACGUUUUCUUUGGGACAAUAAUCCAACCGCUUAUCAUCGGAAACGCACAGGAUAAAAUUAAGAACCUCCUUAACCAGCGAUUACAGCAGAGACUGGCAGACAAGCCCUUCCCUGACUCCAUUUCUCCCGUGGACUACGCCGUUGCCCAGAUACGACGAGAGCUGAAGAGAAAGCAGUUGGACCCACUCAAGAUGGGCAGGAAAGACGUGACCUUGGCCUGGGGCAUCACCGUCCAGCUGAAGAAUAUGGAACUCUCGGGGCUGUCUACCAUACAUCGCACUCACGAAGUCUCUGCCCAGUUUAUUGACAACGCUGUCUUCAUCACCAUACAGAUCGGGGCCCAAGAGCUGAGUGGAGGAGCCGACUGGUCAAUGUCUGCUGCUUUGCUGCCUGCAGUAGCGGGUCACCUGGACGUACAGGUGGAGAGUCUUAGUGUGACUGUGGAGGUCAAACAACCAGCCAACAUCAGGAGCCCUCCCACGCUCAGGAAGAUUGAUGUCCAGCUUGGUAAUUUGGAGGUGAGGUCGAGCGGGGAAGGUACUAUAGACUACCUGGUGGAGAUGAUAGUCAAUCUGUUAUCCAAUGCUCUCCGGAACAUCAUCAUGGACAGACUAGAGCCUAGGAUACAACAGGUGAUCCAGAAGCGACUGAACGGUCUGGACCUCUACAGGAUCGUUAUGGACCAGCUGGCCAAGAGGCAACAAUUGAAGGCGGAAGGACCAAGAGCUGUACAACCUACCUAAACUCUAAUUGGCAGUUCGAUUAAGCUAGUGUCGUAGUUAUACUUCUAAAUAUUCCUAAUGCUCAUGAAAUUACCACAGUGAUAAUAAUAAUAAUAAUAAUAAUAAUAAUAAUAAUAAUAAUAAUAAUAAUAAUGAAUUCAUUAUUAUUAAUAUUAUUAUUAUUAUUAUUAUUAUUAUUAUUGUUGCUGUAAUUGAAAUAUUAAUAUUUUUAUUAAGUAAUUAAUGAUAACUUCACGUUUAUUAUUAUAUUUAUCAUUAUUUUUAUUACAAAUAAAAUACAAUAAACAUUUCAGUAACAUAAUUAUUAUUAUUAGUAGUAGUAGUAGUAGAAUUAUAUGAACAAAAUCGACCUAAUAUGGGUUAGGUUAACGAGUAAGCUUACUCAGCUUGUGCAUCAUGGUUAACGAGUAAGCUUACUCAGCUUGUGCAUCAUGGUUAACGAGUAAGCUUACUCAGCUUGUGCAUCAUGGUUAACGAGUAAGCUUACUCAGCUUGUGUAUCAUGGUUAACGAGUAAGCUUACUCAGCUUGUGCAUCAUGGUUAACGAGUAAGUUUACUCAGCUUGUGUAUCAUGGUUAACGAGUAAGCUUACCCAGCUUGUGUAUCAUGGUUAACGAGUAAGCUUACUCAGCUUGUGUAUCAUGGUUAACGAGUAAGCUUAUUCAGCUUGUGCAUCAUGGCUAACGAGUAAGCUUACUCAGCUUGUGUAUCAUGGGUAGCGAGUAAGCUUACUCAGCUUGUGUAUCAUGGUUAACGAGUAAGCUUACUC